UUAAUUAUUCAGUGUUUUUUUCUCGGCCUACUGCCUUCUUCCAGGAGCAUGAAGUCAUCUCUGUUCUUUUGGUGCUAUCUCAAGUGGGUCAUCCCAUUCACUUCCUCCUUCUGUACCACAAGCUUUCAUCUGGGGAUAGUGGAGUCUUUGUUUGGAAUACCAGGUGCUCCAGGCCUCAGUUCACUCAGCUACCCUCACCAUGUGUGAAGAAGAGACUACAGCACUUGUGUGUGACAAUGGUUCUGGCCUGUGCAAGGCAGGCUUUGCAGGAGAUGAUGCCCCCCGGGCUGUCUUCCCCUCCAUCGUGGGCCGCCCUCGCCACCAGGGUGUGAUGGUGGGAAUGGGCCAGAAAGACAGCUACGUUGGGGAUGAGGCUCAGAGCAAACGAGGGAUCCUGACUCUCAAAUACCCCAUUGAACACGGCAUCAUCACCAACUGGGAUGACAUGGAGAAGAUCUGGCAUCACUCCUUCUACAAUGAGCUACGGGUAGCACCAGAAGAGCACCCCACCCUGCUCACAGAGGCCCCACUAAAUCCCAAGGCCAACAGGGAGAAGAUGACCCAGAUCAUGUUUGAAACCUUCAAUGUCCCUGCCAUGUACGUCGCCAUUCAAGCUGUGCUCUCCCUCUAUGCCUCUGGCCGCACCACAGGCAUUGUCCUAGAUUCAGGGGAUGGCGUCACCCACAAUGUUCCCAUCUAUGAGGGCUAUGCCCUACCCCACGCCAUCAUGCGCCUUGACCUGGCUGGCCGCGACCUCACGGACUACCUCAUGAAGAUUCUCACAGAGAGAGGCUAUUCCUUUGUGACCACAGCUGAGCGAGAAAUCGUGAGAGACAUCAAGGAGAAACUGUGCUAUGUGGCCCUGGAUUUUGAGAAUGAGAUGGCCACAGCAGCCUCAUCUUCCUCCCUGGAGAAGAGUUAUGAGCUGCCAGAUGGGCAGGUCAUCACCAUUGGCAAUGAGCGCUUCCGCUGCCCUGAGACCCUCUUCCAGCCUUCCUUCAUUGGCAUGGAGUCUGCCGGAAUUCAUGAGACAACCUACAAUUCCAUCAUGAAGUGUGACAUUGACAUCCGUAAGGAUUUGUAUGCCAACAAUGUCCUUUCUGGGGGCACAACCAUGUACCCUGGCAUUGCUGACAGGAUGCAGAAGGAGAUCACAGCCCUGGCCCCCAGUACCAUGAAGAUCAAGAUUAUUGCUCCCCCUGAACGGAAGUACUCAGUCUGGAUCGGAGGCUCCAUCCUGGCCUCUCUUUCCACCUUCCAGCAGAUGUGGAUCAGCAAGCCUGAGUACGAUGAGGCAGGACCCUCCAUUGUCCACAGGAAGUGCUUCUAAAGUCACAACAGGUUCUCAGGAUUCUCUUGAGACUGUUGAUACCAGUUACUGAAACAUUAAACCUGCAAGCCUUA